GAUAAAUGCUAUCGUGAACAGUAUUUUUCAGAAUAAUAGAAUAAGAAUCGAUUGGUAAAACAAUAGUUAAUAAUAACAAUAACGUUAACGUAUCUGUUUCGAUCAAACAAGAGGACAAUAGACUUUAAGACGCUCACCUGACCCACUAAGCAUUUAAAUUUUUACAAGAAGGUGGGUUUAAAAAAUACUUUAUGAAGCAUAAAUAUUUAGUUUCUAUGAAAGUUUAUAUUUCCGACCUCGGCUGAGAUAUCAUUCGAACAAAUGUAUUGCCGAGGACCACGAAUAUUUGACAAAAAGUUUAUUUAUAGAGUGUAAGUGAUAUAGUGAUCUAGUUUUUAGCUCAAAUGACGGGGUUUCAAACACAUCCGAGAUAUAAUUGCCCAUUACCAAUGGUAAUGGGGGUAUAACAAUUAUGUCACUUUUUCGGUCUGUCCCGAAAUUUCAUCCGAUCUUCACCAAACUUGGUCAGAAGUUGUAUCUAGAUGAUGCCUAGGUCAAGUUUGAAUAUGGGUCAUGCCAAGUCAAAAACUAGGUCACGGGGUCACUUAGUGUGUUUUAAAUUGAAAGUUUGUCCGGACAAUAACUAUGUCAUUUAUCGUUAGAUUUUAAAAUGACUUGGUACAUUUGUUUACCAUCAUGGGACUGUGUGUCGUGUGAAAAAAACGUACGUUCAUAUCUCAAAGGUCAAGGUCACACUUGGAGUUCAAAGGUCAAAUGCUUGUCCGCGCCAUAACUUUGUCAUUUAUUGUGAGAUUUUAAAAUCAUUCGGCAAAUGUGUUCACCAUCAUUGGACGGUGUGUUGCGCGAAAGAAUUACUUCGAUAUUUCCAAGGUCAAUGUCACACUUUAAGUUCAACGAUCAUAAAUUAGUUUGUCCGGGCCAUAACUAUGUCAUUCAUUGUAAGACAUUAAAGUCAUUUGGCACAUUUGUUCACCAUCAUUGGACGGUGUUUUGCGCGAAAGAAUUACGACGAUAUCCCCAAGGUCAAGGUCACACUUAAAGUUCAAAGGUCGAAAAUGGCCAUAAAUGAGCUUGUCCGGGCCAUAACUAUGUUGUUCAUUGUGAGAAUUUAAAAUCAUUUGGCACAUGUGUUCACCAUCAUUGGACGGUGUGUCGCGCGAAAGAAUUACGUCGAUAUCUCCAAGGUCAAGGUCACACUUUGAGUUGAAAGGUAAAAAAUGGCCAUAAAUGAGCUUGUCCGGGCCAUAACUAUGUCGUUCAUUGUGAGAUUUAAAAAUCAUUUGGCACAUAAUUAUGUUCACCAUCAUUGAACGGUGUGUCGCGCGAAAGAAUUACGUCGAUAUCCCCAAGGUAAAGGUUAUACUUUGAGUUCAAAGGUCAAAAAUGGCCAUAAAUGAGCUUGUCCGGGCCAUAACUAUGUCGUUUAUUGGGAGAUUUUGAAAUCAUUUGGCACAUUUGUUCACCAUCAUUGGACGGUGUGUCGCGCGAAAAAAUUACGUCGAUAUCUCCAAGUUCACACUUUAAGUUCAAAGGUCAAAAAUGGCAAUAAAAGGUCUUGUCUGGGCCAUAACUUUGUCAUUCAUUGAGUGAUUUUUUAAAAUGACUCUGUGCAUUAAUUUUGUUUACAGUCAUUGAACGGCUUGUUUGAAAGAAUUGAAUAAAAUAUGCAUUUGACCCAUUCUAGUUUGUGGUUUGGUCUGACAAUCAAUAUAAUUGAAAUUUGCAAUGCCAUAUAUUCUCUCUCUCUCUCUCUCUCUCUCUCUCUCCGGUUACCUCCCUUAUUUUCGCGAAUGUCAUUACAUAAAGAAAAAUGCACCCACAUUUCACGGGAUCCUAUUAGUAUUACCAAUAUUAACUACAUUUUUUAUGCUGAUGCUUGGAUGGAAAUGCAUCAUGAGUUGACCAUUUAUAAAAUAUUAACAAAGAUUAUUGCAAAUGUAAUGUUUAUUAACUUGUAAGCUUUUCCAGUGUCAGUGCUCUCUUCCUGAUACGAAGUAAAGACUAUAAGAUAUUUUGAGUCAUUCCUUAUCAUGGGUGUGCAUGGACUAUGGGAGAUCCUAUCCCCGGCCAGUGAGGUCAGUGUCCCACUGACCACUCUCAGGGGGCAGACGGUAGCGGUGGACCUGAGUGCAUGGAUAAUGGAGUUCACAGGGGUGGCAGCCCCUCCUGGAAAACACUACUUGAUGAACAGGUCCCUGUUCUAUAGAACGACCAGCCUGCUGGGUAUGGGAGUGAAACUGGUGUUUGUCCUGGAUGGGAGGGCUCCAGAUAUCAAGGAGGCAGCCCUGUUGGACAGGCAGGAGGCGCAGACUGGGUCCACAGCCUCUGUCAACCUGGACAGGCCAGGCCUUAAAGUGGCAAACUCUCAGUGUGUUGAGAUGCUGCGAUGCCUGGGUGUUCCCUGUAUACAGAGUCCAGGGGAGGCAGAAGCAAUGUGUGCCUACCUCAACAAGGCUGGGCUGGUAAAUGGUUGCUUCACAGAGGAUGGUGACUUUUUCUUGUAUGGGGGUAAAACCCUGUACAAAAAUAUACAGAAAAAUGGGAAGACCUACAUGGCCGACAAGUAUACAGAUGUUUCCAUAGAUAAUAAGCUGGGGCUGGGUCAGAACGACCUUCUGGCCCUUGGCCUCCUGCUCGGCUGUGACUAUGACAAGGAGGGGGUCAGGGGCGUGGGAACUAAGAAGGGGCUGGAUUUGGUGAAGCACUUCAAGGACAAAGGGCUAGAUGCCCUAGACAGGUUGAAAGGCUGGGCAGCGAACAAGACACUUGAUGAGCUUGAACAGAGACUAGCAACCCCUGUGAAAGCCAACUCCCACUGCACAUUGUGUUCCCACCUGGGCAAAUCCACGUCUCACACGAGACUGGGUUGCACCGUCUGCGAGACAGAUACCGGGUGUCAGCCAGGCUCCAAGCUGUGUCCAUGUCAAGCAUGCUUGAACAAGCUUAUCGAACAUGAAAAUAAGUUGGAGCUAACGAUAAGGAGAAAGGCCCUGGAUAUGAAACCAGCUUUCCCGAACAUGAAAAUUGUUCAAGAGUUUACAAUGGGGACCCGCACAUGCAUGGUAACAUCAAGUGCCUUGGAACUUUCCAACGUACACUUUGAAAACCUGAUAAAAUGCCUUAAUUCCACCUUGAGAUGGGACAGAGCUGAAGCCCUUAAAAAUAUUGUCCCAUUUUUAAUUCAAUACGAAAUGCACAGGAAUGGCAAUGAAGGGAAGAUGUUUUCACCAACCAGAAUUGUUGGGAAGUGCAAAGAUAAUCAUACAAGCUGCCUUGAAGUCGAGUGGGACAAAACUGAUGUGAACACCUGGGCAGGUGAAAGUCAUGCCACUGGGGUAAAGGUGAAGGUCACCAGAGAAUUGCUGACUUUGCGAUAUCCUGCACUCGUUGAAAAAUAUGAGGAAGAUCAAGUAAAGAGGCCUCCAAAAGGGAGCCGUAAGGGGAAGAUUACAGCGGAGAUACCUGGCCAAACAACCUUGCAUCAAUUUUUUGCAAUCAAGAAGAAGAAACUUGAUUUUUCCAGCUAAGAUCGACUAGCUGUGGUCAACUGGGACUGAUUAUGUGGCUAGUGUAUGGUUGGCUAAUUAGCACGAAACAAUUUACAACUAUGCUGGGCUUCAGCUUUUGUAGACAAUCAACAAAAAAUGUGGCUAGUGUAUGCUUUGCCAAUUACUGCAAUUAGUAUCGAUAAUUUAAGGUUGUGCUAGGCUUCAGCUAUUGUAGAAGAUCAAAUUAUAACACACAGGCGGUCUAAGAGUUUACUUUUAUUUUGCCACAAAUGUUUGAUUUUAUGUUUGUUUACUGUCAGAUAUAUGUGUCAGACGGAUUUCUCUAACCAAAUAUGAAAUUGUUGAAUCUGCUAGAAAUAUCUGAACCAGAUACAGCUUUUGCAUGCUACACUCUUAAUGUGGUGAUGACUUGAUGCCUAGAUGGGACUUUACUUUUGUUAAUGUUAAAUUGAUUUAGCAAACAUAUUUUCUGUUUCUACUUAGACUCAAACCUAUGACCAUAGGCAUACUACACUAUUGGGUGCUUAUUGUUCUUAUGAUUAUUCACAAUUCAAGUCCCAUUAUUGAAAAUACCUUUUACUCAGGAAUAAUAAUUAGAAUUUUUUGAAUAUUCAUAUCAAUUAUAUUAUUUAUAUUGGUAAAGUAUUGUUUUGCGCUUAAAUAAUUAUUGUAUAUAACUUCACUUUUCAAAACUCUAGUAAGCAUUUUUGCGAAACCAUUCUCUCCAUGAUUUAAUUGUUUAGAUGUUGUCAAAGGAAACAUCGUGAAGUAUUUAUAUAUUUAACCAGGUUUUCCGAAGGAAAAAACUGGUUAUUAGAUAGGCGAAUGUUGGCGGGUGGGCUGGCAGGCAGGCGGAACAAGCUUGUCCGGGCCAUAACUUUGUCGUUCAUUGUCAGAUUUAAAAAUCCUUUGGCACAUUUGUUCACCAUCAUUAGACAGUGUGUCGCGCGAAAGAAUUACGCCGAUAUCUCCAAGGUCAAGGUCACACCUUGAGUUCAAAGGUCAAAAAUGGCCAUAAAUGAGCUUGUCCGGGCCAUAACUAUGUCAUUCAUUGUGAGAUUUUAAAAUCAUUUGGCACAUUUGUUUACCAUCAUGGGAAGGUGUGUCGCAUGAAAGAAUUGCGUCAGUAUCUCCAAGGUCAAGGUCACCACGACUAAAAAUAUAUUUAUUUUGAAACAAAGGGGGUUAAUUUUAAACAAUCAGUUCAGUUUGGGUUGUCUCCCUUUAUCAGACUUUUUUUCAAAUUGAAAACCUGGUUUUGUGACAAUUUUGUGCCUUGUUUAUUUUUAGUUCACUUGAGCACACAAUUAUGUGUAUCCAAACAGUAGGUAAGAGAUCACAUUAUAGAAAAAUCUUGUUAUAACUCUAGGGGCCACACUCAAACUUGUUAUCACUGAAGCAUUCACAUUUAUGACUCAAUUUUGAUGAAACUUGGUCAGAAUGAUUAUAUUAACAAUAUCAAGGCUGAGUUCGAACUUAGUUUCAAAACUUGUUCCCAAUCAUAGAAAAACCUUGUAAACACUAAAGAGGCCACAUUAAUGACUUAAUCUGGAUCAAACAUGGACACAGUGUUUAACUUGAAAAUAUCUAUGCCAUGUUUGAUUAUGUGUCACAUAUGUCCAAAUACGAUGUAAUACGAUCAAUGCUCAUUAAAACCUUGUUACUAAGCUAGAAACCACAUUGUUUGGCUCAAUCUUGAUGAAACUUGGUCAGAAUGUGUCUCUUGACAAUAUCUAAGCUGAUAAAGAAUCUUGGUCACAUGCAUCCAAAGACUAGGGCACAAGAUCAAAUCUUAGUAAACCUUGUCAUAACUGUAGAUGCAACAUUAACAAUUCAAUCUUAAAAAAAAACUUUGUCAGAAUGUUUAUCUUGAAUAUAUCUUGGCUGGGUCUGAAUCUAGAUCAUGUGCAUCAACAAUUAGGUACACAUGUCAAAUCUUAGAUCAUUUUUGUCACCUCUAUAGAGGCCUCAUUUAUUUUUAUCUUGAUGAAACUUGGUUAGCAGGUUGAAGUCUGGUCAAGUCUGAAUCUGGGUAACCUGUGUCUAAAACAAGGUCACCACGACCAGGUCAAGUUUCAACAAUUUGAUUUCUUAUAACUUAGAUGAGGGCUUCAGGGCCAUCAUGGCCAUCUUAUUUACUUUUAUAUCAUUUUAAAUCAGAUUUUAAAAUGGGAGUCUUUUAUGAUCAAAAUCUCUUUUUAUUCCGGUCAAUUGCCAAUUACAUUUUUAUGUAGUAACGUAUAAAUCACUGGUGAGCCAUUAUCAGCUGUAAUGAUUGCUUUUAACAAUCCUAGAUCUUUUGUCAUGUGCAGUACUGUUUGCUUAUAUUAGAUAAUCUUUUCAAUAAGUUUUUUCACUUAUGAUAUUUAUGUUAAUGAUGUGAUUGAUUUAUUCUGCAAAUGUGCUGGUCACAUGUUUAUGCUGGGAUGCUUAUAGUGGUUGACCUGUCCGUCCUUCUUUCUGUCCAUAUGAGGUUAACCGAAAUUGACCUUUACCUACUUUUAGGCUAAUUGAGAAGGUGCAAAUUAUUGUUUAACUCAAGAUAACUUGUUUGUCUAACAUCAAUAAUGCUUCCUGCCAAGCUUUCAGACUUGCACCAACGAUGACCCUGAAUACUAUCAACACACCAACAUGACCUCACUUCAUCUAAACUUUACAAUAACCUGCUUUUGGACUUGACUUGAGAUUGUCGGAACUCUUGGUAACCCGAACAUAACUGAAUUUGCCAUAAUAUAAAAUAACACUGCUAAAAAUAUUUGUUACUUGCAGGAUGUUCUUUAUGAAAAUUUUCAGGAAAUCUACAUCACCCGACCACAUUUUUAACUAUGAUCUACAUUUGGACUAAAAAUAAUUCUUAAUGAUCAAAUUCUUGGAUAACCCCAAAUCACGUGUUUCAUAUAACAUUAAUUAUGUUUCCUACAAAACGUUCUUACAUGCAUGGAUGAUGUCUAUGAACUCUUUUAAAACACCCAUAUUACCUGACCUCAUUUUCACAUUGACAAUGACCUAUUUUUAGCUCGGCUGUUUUCGUAGAAAACCCGAGGUAUUGUCAUAGCCAGCUCGUCGUGUCCGCCGUCCGUAUCAAGGUUUGUUAAAGUUUUGAACAUUUGCUCUAAAAUCAACGUGCUUCAACCUACAACUUUGAAACUUCAUAUGUAGAUGCACCUUGAUGAGUUCUACACGCCACACCCAUUUUGGGGUCACUAGGUCAAAGGUCAAGGUCACUGUGACCUCUUAAAAAAAAAUUGUGUCAAGCUUUCAUUUAUUCAAAACUGCACCCGCAGCCGAGCCGAGCAUGGCACCCGUUAUGCGGUGCUCUUGUUGGACUUAGAGACUUAAUCAGACAGUCCAUAUUCUUCCUUACCAAAAUGAUGCAUUUCUUCUGACACCAAAACUGUUAGCUACAAAGCUGUGAUUCUUGUAUAGAUGUUAUAUGAUUAUAUUGACAAGGUCUCCACUUGGGGCAUAUGUGUUUGUUGUUGUAAUUUUUAUCAUGAUUUUUAACAAUUUGCAAAUUUGAGUGCAUGUUAAAAAAAAAAAUAAUAAAUAUUAAAAAAAAUCCAUCACCAAUUAAUAAACAUUCCUUUGGGGUUGCCUUAUGUUUAACAAUGUGAAAAUUGAGUUUUCAUGUUUUGUUUGUAACUUUUUUGUUUGUAACUUUUUGUGUACUCUAGGAAUCUCAAUAAGUAUUUUGUAAUGUACAUUUAUUAUAUACAAAUACAUUUUCAAAUUAAAUUUUGUUUUUAAAAGAAAACUGGACAGAUUAUGGAUGGAAAAUUUCCAAAUGAAUAAGACACAUGUUGACCUAUACUAGUCUAUAAGUCAUGGUAGGUUAAUGUGUAUUUCAUAUAAUUGUUAGGGUGUGAGUAACAUCAUUUUCCUACAGAAUGUUUAAAAUGCUCUCUCUCAGACAACACAUACUUUUUUUACCUUGGGAACAGGCUUAAGAGUGUCUUAAUAAACCUUUGACACAUUUGAGUCGCUAAAAAA